CUCUGGCCGCAGCCCGAUAACGCAGAGGGAAGAACCAGCCGCACCUCCUGGACGCACGGCUGCCAAGACCACUGAGAGACCACUACCCCUCCUAUUCCUCACACAUUAGAAAUUCUUACCCCUCUAUCACUUAAUUUAAGAUACGUGCCUGCGUUUUAGUGAAUUCUGUGAUAAAAUGGUUGAUUAACGAAUAUCACGCACGACUUUCCUGUGGCUCCAUUCUGACUUCACACUCUGGAUAUUUAGUUAGAGGUUGACCGCCGUUUAUUUCGCAGAUUCUGCCCAGUGCAAUAGGCGGCGAUGCUAAGAGACAAAGAGAAAAAACUGAUUCGAGAACUAUGGGAAAGACUGAUUCCAGUGGCUGAAGAUAUCGGUUCAGACGCCCUUCUCAGGAUGUUGGUCACUUUCCCUGGAACCAAAACCUACUUUUCCCAUCUAGACAUCAGACCACGUUCCGCCCACCUGCGAUCGCAUGGAAAGAAGAUAGUCCUGGCCAUCGCAGAAGGAGCCAAAGACAUCAGUCAACUGACCGUCACCCUGGCUCCUCUGCAGAUCCUGCACGCCUACCAGCUCCGGAUCACUCCCAGUAAUUUUAAGCUUUUCUCACACUGUAUGCUCGUCGCUCUGGCCUGUUUCUUGGGCGAAGACUUCACACCGGUUACACAUGCAGCAAUGGACAAAUACCUAUCAGCUUUUGCAGCUGUGCUUGCAGAGAAAUACAGAUAAGAGUCAGCCACUUGUUUUCUGAUGACACGCUAAUAUAUGGCACAAUUAUGAGCCAAUAUGUUAAAUACAUGUUUGAUUGUUGCUAUAGUCUAAUGUUUUGUAAAAAUAAUGAAAAAAAUAAUAAAAAUAAAAACCUUCAUGUUGUGUUUAAUUAAUGGAGGUGAUGUGCAGUAGUGAUGGGAAAGUCAGCUCUUCUCAGAGAGCCAGCUCUUUUGACUAGGCUCCCAAAGAAAGGCUCUUUCAGCUCCUAAAUGGCUCUUAAUUUAGUAUUAUUUGUAACCUAAUGUUUAAGCCUUUAGAACUUAGCAAUUAUGAAGCAUUUACAUGUUAAUAACCCUUCGGCAUC